AAUCUGAGGAUAAAACAGGGGCUGCCUUCCGUCUCCUCCACACAGCCAACUUUGCCUUCUGAACUGCACACAGAGAGAGAACCUACACUUCUGCAGCCAUGACGACUGUCGUUUUAAAGAUGCUGUGCGUUCUGCUCUGUGCAGUGUUCGCCUCUGCUGAUGUCAUGCCCAUGACUGACUUCGACUUGGAAAAGAUGGGAGGAAAGUGGUAUCUCAUUGGCUUUGCUACAAAUGCAAAAUGGUUUGUCAGUCACAAGGCUGACAUGAAGAUGGGAACUGCCAUGAUGGUGCCUACAGAGGACGGAGACCUUGAUCUCAGUUACUCUAGUAUGAACAGUGACGGUUCCUGCUGGAGAAUGACACACCUCGCUAAGAAAACUGAGACUCCAGGACGGUUUGUCUUCCAUAGCCAGCGUUGGAGUAAUGACAACGACAUGCGUGUGGUCGAUGCCAAAUUUGAUGAGUACGCUCUCAUUCACACCAUCAAGACCAAGGGAGGGGUUUCUGAGGUUCUGAACAAACUCUACAGUCGUUCCGCAGUACUUUCUGAUGACUUGAAGGAGAAGUUCAGGCAGUUCUGUCUGGACACCAGCAUUCUUGAGGAAAACAUUGCCAUACUGCCAUCAAACGGAGAAUGCUCGGCUGCAUAAGUGUCUCGACCAAAGUUAGACAACUUCAGCUGGUCUGACCAUUUCACCUGAAACACAGAUGUGAAUUUGCUGGCCUUCAGUCUGCUUGGUUUCUGUCUUUUUCAUUUUGGAUGGAAACAUCAGUUUUUCUUUUUGCCUUAAACACAGUUGUUGUUCUCACGAUGACAAACCACUUCGCAAUUACAGAGCUUAUCCAAAGAAUGUCUCAAGCAGGGGGACAGAAUGGCAAAGUAUUACCUUAUCCAAAUGAUGCAUUUCAAUAAAAUGAACUCAGUUCUUGA